GUGAGCGCAAGUUAGCAGGAUUAUUCACUCCCUCAAACUCUACCAUCAUCGUUUCCGCUGCUUCAACCUUUUUUCCCAUCCGUCCGGCAUCCGCUGAAAUCUUCCGUUGACAAUUCUGUAUAUUUCCGGUAGAGAGGGCGCACAACUCCAAGGAGCCAACGAUGACGGAGGCGUUCAUAAGGAACAAGCCAGGGAUGGCGAGCGUGAAAGAUAUGCCUCUCCUUCAAGACGGUCCUCCUCCCGGCGGUUUUGCUCCGGUACGAUACGCACGGAGGAUCCCUUCGAAGGGACCCAGCGCCGUCGCUAUCUUUCUCGCCGCUUUUGGAACUUUUUCUUGGGGUAUGUACGAGGUCGGCAAGGGCAACAAGAUCCGAAGGGCAAUAAAGGAGGAAAAAUAUGCUGCCCGUAGGGCAAUUUUGCCGAUGCUUCAAGCAGAAGAGGAUGAAAGAUUUGUGAAAGAAUGGAAGAAAUAUCUGGAGGAAGAGGCUCGGAUAAUGAAAGAUGUGCCCGGGUGGAAAGUUGGCGAGAGUGUGUACCACUCUGGAAAAUGGAUGCCUCCUGCAACUGGCGAGCUCCGUCCUGAGGUCUGGUGAAGUCCUUGGAUGCAUAAAUGCCAAUUCAUGUUGUUGCAAGGGAAGGCACUUCUUUAUAAUAAAAUCGCAGUUGAAUCACAUAUUUCUAAAUGUUAAAUGAGCUUCUGUUGUUUACAUCUAUGGGCUGCUUUCUUCUAAACAUGCUGCCAUGGUACCUGAAUUCAUUUGCUGUUUCUGAUUCUGUAUGGGUUUUUGGUAAUCUGCCAUUGAACUGCACGCACCCUCUUCGGUUUUAUGAUAAAAAGUUUUCAUGUUCUUC